AUGAGCUACGCGCUGGAGUCUCUGGGCGCGCCGGCCGCCUACCGGCGGGUCACCGAGACCCGCGCCAGCUACAGCAGCCGCAGCGGCGGUUCCCCGUCCAGCGGCUUCCGCUCGCAGUCCUGGUCCCGCGGUUCAGCCGGCGGCGGCGGCAGCCUGAGCAGCUCGGCCAUGGCCGUGUCCUACAAGCGCGCCAUCCCCCGGAGCGCCUACGGCGGCCUGGGGUCGGCCCUGCUCAGUUCGGCUGAGAGCAGUCUGGACUUCAGCCAGUCCUCGUCGCUACUGAACGGCACGGCUGCUGGCCCCGACUUCAAGCUGGUACGCGCCAACGAGAAGGAGCAGCUGCAGGGCCUCAACGACCGCUUCGCCGGCUACAUCGAGAAGGUGCAUUCCCUGGAGCAGCAAAACCAGGAGAUCGAGGCCGAGAUCCAAGCUCUGCGCCAGAAGCAGGCGUCCCACGCGCAGCUCGGGGACGUCUAUGAGCAGGAGCUGCGCGAGCUGCGAGCCGGCCUGGAGCAGGUGAACCACGAGAAGGCGCAGGUGCAGCUCGAGUCCGAGCACCUGGAAGAGGAUAUCCACCGCCUCAAGGAGCGCUUCGACGAGGAGGCGCGACUUCGGGACGACACGGAGGCUGCCGUGCGAGCGCUGCGCAAGGACAUCGAGGAGGCGGCGCUGAUCAAGGUGGAACUGGACAAGAAGGUGCAGUCUCUGCAGGACGAGGUGGCCUUCCUGCGCAGCAAUCAUGAGGAGGAGGUGGCCGACCUGCUGGCACAGAUCCAGGCGUCGCACAUCACGGUGGAGCGCAAGGACUACCUGAAGACCGACAUCACGUCGGCGCUCAAGGAGAUCCGCUCGCAGCUCGAGUGCCACUCGGACCAGAACAUGCACCAGGCCGAAGAGUGGUUCAAGUGCCGCUACGCCAAGCUCACAGAGGCCGCGGAGCAGAAUAAGGAGGCCAUCCGCUCCGCAAAGGAAGAGAUCGCCGAGUACCGGCGCCAGCUGCAGUCCAAGAGCAUCGAGCUGGAGUCAGUGCGCGGCACCAAGGAGUCCCUGGAGAGACAGCUCAACGACAUCGAGGAGCGCCAUAAUCACGACUUGAGCAGCUACCAGGACACAAUUCACCAGUUGGAAAAUGAGCUUCGGGGAACGAAGUGGGAGAUGGCGCGUCACUUGCGGGAAUACCAGGAUCUCCUCAAUGUCAAGAUGGCCCUGGAUAUUGAGAUUGCAGCAUACAG